AUGUUCGUCACACUAUCACACUGUCAAUAUUCCUCACAAUAUUCGUUAUACUGUCACACUGUCAAUAUUCGUCACACUGUCAAUAUUCUUCAAACUGUCACUGUUCGUCACACUAUCACACUUAUUUUAACAGUGGUAUUUCUAUAUCACUCUACAAUUAAUGUAUUGAGCACUUUUUUAACAGUGGUAUUUCUAUAUCACUCUACAAUUGAUUUAUUGAGAAUUAUUUUAACAGUGGUAUUUCUAUAUCGCGCAACAAUUGAUGUAUUGAACACUGUUUUAACAGUGGUAUUUCUAUACCCCUCUACAAUUGAUGUAUUGAGAACUAUUUUGACAGUGGUAUUUCUAUAUCAUUCUACAUUUGAUGUAUUGAGCACUAUUUUAACAGUGGUUUUUCUAUAUCACUUUACAAUUGAUGUAUUGAGUACUAUUUUAACAGUAGUAUUUCUAUACCCCUCUACAAUUGAUGUAUUGAGAACUAUUUUAACAGUGGUAUUUCUAUAUCAUUCAACAAUUGAUGUAUUGAGCACUAUUUUAACAGUGGUAUUUCUAUAUCACUCUACAAUUGAUGUAUUGAGCACUAUUUUAACAGUGGUAUUUCUAUAUCGCACUACAAUUGAUGCAUUGAGCACUAUUUUAACAGUGGUAUUUCUAUAUCUCUCUACAAUUGAUAUAUUGAGCACUAUUUUAACAGUGGUAUUUCUAUAUCACUCUACAAUUGAUAUAUUGAGCACUAUUUUAACAGUGGUAUUUCUAUAUCACUCUACAAUUGAUAUAUUGAGCACUAUUUUAACAGUGGUAUUUCUAUAUCACACUACAAUUGAUGUAUUGAGCACUUUUUUUAACAGUGGUAUUUCUAUAUCACACUACAAUUGA